GGCGGGGCCUGGCGUGGCUCCCCGCGCCCCGCCGUACCGUGCCCCGCGGCUCCCCCGCCGCCCGCCCGCCCACCGCCGCGUCUCCCCCCCGCUCGCUCGGGCGCUCUGCAAGAUGGCGGCAGCAGCCGAACGCGGCGCGGGGCUGCCCGCGGAGCCGCCGAGGGGGGCUCGUCCGCCGCCGCUGGGGGCCGAGGAGGUGGCGAGGCGCCUGGCGAGCACUCGCCGGGAGCUAAGCAACAGGCGCAAGAUCCUGCUGAGGAACCUGCCGGCCGAGAGCAGCAGCCAGGAAAUCCAUGACUUAUUUAAAGAUUAUGAAAUCAAGUAUUGUUAUGUGGACAGAAAUAAAAGAACAGCAUUCGUUACUCUGUUAAACGGAGAGCAGGCUCAAGAUGCGAUUCGGAAUUUUCACCAACAUUCUCUUCGGGGAAAAGAAAUAUCUGUGCAACUCCAACCAACAGAUGCUUUGCUGUGCAUUACUAAUUUGCCCAUUUCAUUUACAUUAGAAGAGUUUGAAGAACUUGUGCGUGCGUAUGGCAAUGUUGAGAGGUGUUUUUUGGUCUAUAACGAAGUUACUGGCCAUUCAAAGGGCUAUGGCUUCGUGGAAUAUAUGAAGAAGGACUCUGCUGCAAAGGCAAGACUGGAACUUCUGGGGAAACAGUUAGACGAGAGCAUUCUCUUUGCACAGUGGAUGGAUGUGAACCAGCUGACGACAAAUCUUAUUCACUCCAAGUGCCUUUGUGUAGAUAAAUUUCAAAAAGACUACGUUGAUUCAAAAGAACUGAUCCAAGCUUUCUCACUAAAGUAUAAACCUGUUUUCUGCCAGUUUGCUCAGGAUGAAGACAGUUGUAUCGGUAACUUUGCGGUGGUCGAGUAUGAAACUGCAGAGCAGGCUGAGAAAGUACAAGAAGUCACCGAUGGCAUGACUAUCAAAGGAAGGAGAGUCCAGGUGUCAUACUGUGCUCCAGGAGCGCCGGGCAGAAGCACAUUAGCAGCACUUAUAGCAGCGCAAAGGAUGAUGAGGAACAAUAGGAAAGGCUUGCUUCCAGAGCCGAAUCCGGUCCAGAUUAUGAAAAGUUUUAAUAAUCCAGCAAUGCUGCAAAUGCUACUGCAGCCCCAGUUGCGUGGACAUGCUGUUAAACCUGCAGUUCUUGGAGCAUCUGCAGGUUUACCUCACCUUAUCAAUUCAGCAGUUGGCCCACCUUUUUUACAGUUGAAUAAAGUUCAUCAGAGUUCAAUUCUGGGGAAUACAUCUAACUUACUGCUGCAGAGCCCUGCUCACCUACCAUUGCCACAGCAGCAACUGAUGAAGAUUGAAAACAUUCAGGCUAAUAGUAAACCAGGAUUGCUGGGAGAACCUCCGACAAUGCUACUUCAGACGGUACUGGGAAUAGGGGUAAUGCCAUCAGUGAGCUCAGGCAUGGGAACUCGUGGAGAAGCUCUCAAGUCAGCGGCAGCAGCAGCAGGGAUGGGCAUGCUGCCAUUCUUUCCGAAUCAGCACAUUGUUGGACAAGCUAUACCAGGGCAAAAUAACGCUCCAGAUAAACAAUCAACGACCGAAGCAGUUGUCUCGGGAUCACAGCCUUAUCAUCAGACCUUAACAAAUCUUUCUGCGGGAGCUUUGCGGGCUGGACAUGCCAAACAACAAAAUCAGCUAAAAAGUACUGAUACGAGUUUGGGGACUCCCUUGAAAAAACAGACUUCGUUGCUAGGAGAACCACCAAAAGAAAUACGUCUUAGUACCAACCCCUACUUGAAUUUGGCAAGCGUGUUGCCUGGUAUAUGUCUUCCAGCAAUUGCCAGCAAAGCCUCUAGUCCGCCGCAGCAGACCGGGCUUUCGAACAACAUCGUGGAUGCUGCCGUGUCUCAGGGAACUACAUCACAACAUGCAAUGGAAAAUUAUUUUAAUUACUCUCAACAGCAUGGGGAGUACACACAGGAGGCUGUUCAGCAGUGGUAUCAGCAUUAUGCUCAGGCAUAUAACUCUACCCAGGCAAGAAUCGAUGAAUUUGAAAAUGAAGCCUCUGAGGAGUCUACAGGUGGAUCUUACCCAGACUACAGUACCUGCUUGCAGGUCAUGCCUACACUUUACAGUGGAGCCCAGGGAUCAUACCAGCCAGGCAGCUUGCAGCUUCCUCCACAAACCCCAUUAAAUAAGGUGGCUCCAACAAGAAGCGAGAAGCGAGGCUCUUCGUACCUCAUUUCCUCCCCAGAGCCUGGCCCCGUGGAGUACCUUGGCCAGCAGACUCAGGGCUCUGCAGUACGUUACGCAGAAUCCUCGCUAAAAAAAAAGCGUGUUUAUUGAGACCUAAAUAAUCACUCCUGCCUUAGGGUGUGAAGGCAGGCUUCUUGUACCUCUGCUAUUUAUUGCUGCCUUAACUUCAGACAAAUAAUUCUUCUUUCUGUGUGGGUUAUAAGUAUCACAAGAGGAGCGACUAUCGGGCAAAUUUGCCGAGGAAACGGUACGUAUCACUAUGCAGUUAGCCGUUUCUCAGCAGUCUGACUUACCUUCCGAAAGGAUGGGACGGUGUUUCCUUUGUCGUCUGCCACUGAACGUAACCGUGGGCUGAAGCUGACAAAGUCACGUGGUGAGUUUGGUAGCUUACUGGCCGAAAGCAAUAAAACACGGAGGAGGGAAUGCUGAUCCUUUCUCUAGUCCUCAGGCUGAGGAAGUUAAAAGAUGAAGUCCUGAUAGUAAUUUUUUUUUCUUAUUUUUUUUUAACUCACAAUGUGGGGGGUUUUUUCACCUUUUUUUUUUUUUUCCCCCAGGAUUAAGAGUUCUGCAUUUACAGCCUUUAUAUUUUUAGUAUUUCUCUUAAUCCUGGAAUGGAGAUAUACCAAAUGUAUUACCAGAGCCUCUGUGACAUUUUCAAUAAAUGUUUGUUAAAAGUAAGAUGCUAUACUGUGUGCUGCCUUGCAAUAUUGCAUUUGAUGCGGAUAGGUGAUACUUGGACAAUGAAGUAACUUUUAUCUGCUUUUAGGCCAAGAAUCCACAGCUUUUGUUAAGAAUAAAGUAUUUAGUUUGUGACUCCAUCUGUGUAAAACAGCAUAUGCCUUCCGCAGGCAUGUGUGUCAGUAAGGCAGGGCUGCUGGUAGCACCUCUGGGGGCCCCCCACGUUGUUAGAGGUAACUGAAGGCAGCAGAACCCCACUGCCUGACGUAGAGCAGAAUGCUGGCUUUAAUCCUGCCUUCCUGCUCUUCACUGCAGGUUUGGUUUUGGUUUUUUUUUUUCUUUUUUUCCCAACAUCUUAACUUUUGACACAUGCUGCACACUGUCUCUGGGCUCCACUUCUCCUCACCUGUUACCUUUUGCACAUGACUCUCAGUAGAAGGAAAAGCUAUUUACUCACUCACCUGCACCAGGUGUAGGGCAGCAGCCUGCCUGCAUGACAGCACAGACCUGGCUGCUCUGCAGCCGAGCAGAUGGCACCAUACAGACUUUGCUUCCCAUAGUUGUAGUUAUUUCCUUUUUCUUUUUUUUUAAAAAAGUCUUUGUAUUUUUUUUAGCUUAUUAAGCAACUCUGGCUAGAGUCCUUCUUUUCUGGUCUCAAUCCUUGUAGCUGAAGCCUUAGAAAUCAUUACUAUUGCAAUCAAUGUUUGUGACAGAUAAAUUUAUGAGCCAGCCCUCUGGGACAGACAGUUGGGUUUGCUGCCUUGGCAUCCUGUUGCAAAUUCAUUUGGACUUAAUUCACUUAGCACUGGGGCCAGAACCCAGGUCCUUCAAACUUAAACUUGCUCAGUAAGACUGAAGCCAUUUCUCAAUACUGAUUUAAAAAAAAAAAAAAAAAAAAAAAACCAAACCUUAAACUCUGCCUUUCAAGCUUUGUGAUGUGAUCAGAUACAUAUUUUCAAAGCUUAAAAAAAAAAAAAAAAAAAAAAAAACACAAAA